AUGAAGAGCCGCUUUCUCCUUCCUCUCCUGUUUCUGGCAUGUUGUUGCCAUGGCACCUUCUCUUGCCCAGCCCUUUGCAAAUGCUACAUAUCCCCAAGAAAAACGGAGGUGGUCUGUAAUGAAGUCCCCCUCACCCAGUUCCCCUCCGACGGUCUCCCUAGCAACACCACUGCCCUCACCAUCCAGUUCACCAACAUCAGCUCCAUCUCAGAACAGCACCUGAGCGCCACACCCCUUCUACAGGAGCUGUACCUGUACAACAACAACCUGAGCACCCUUCCCUCAGAUCUCUUCAGGGGUGUCCCUCACCUGUUCUCGGUGGCACUCUCGGAUAACACAUUGGAUCAGCUUCCCGCCAAUGUCUUCAGCCACGCUCCGCUGCGUGACCUGGUGCUGAAGAACAACCUGAUCAGCAGUGCGGAUGCUGAUUGGCUCCCUGACAACAGUAACCUCACCUGGCUGGACCUGUCAGGGAACCGUUUGACGGCCGUACCCACAGCCCUGUUCCAGAAACUACGCCACCUGAAGAACCUUGACCUCUCCCAUAACCGCCUGGAGAAGUUCCCGCAAAAUUCGCUACACCCUCUGACCAAACUGGAGAGGCUGACACUGGAGGGGAACAAACUCAGCACCCUGGACGCAUCUACCUUCAGUAACAACCUCAACCUGACGCACCUGUUUCUUCUGGAGAACCGGCUUGGACAACUGCCCCCAACCCUGUUCCAUGGCCUCCCGAACCUGGCGCACCUGAGUCUUGAUGAUAACCUGCUGAGCCACAUCCCUCCUGGUCUGCUGGACCAGCUUCACUCCAUUGAUGAGCAGGGGUUGGACCUCACGGUGAACCCCUGGGUGUGCGAUGGCAAGGUGGAGUACCUGUGGCGGUGGCUGCAGAAGAACCAGAAAAAAGUAUUACUGGCCGAUGACAUCAGGUGUGCCAGCCCUGAGUCUCUGAAGGAACGGUCAGUGAUGUCGCUAACUGACAGUGAGCUAGGACUCUGAUCCAUCAAACCUUUUUCACUCAGAUGAUGAAUUAUCACUGUAACCUAUCUCAAAUUGUGGUCUAUUGAACACUCUUUCCUAUCUCAGAUUCAUCUAUGGUAAUGUUGGUCUAUUGAACACUCUUUCCUAUCUCAGAUUCAUCUAUGGUAAUGUUGGUCUAUUGAACACUCUUUCCUAUCUCAGAUUCAUCUAUGGUAAUGUUGGUCUAUUGAACACUCUUUCCUAUCUCAGAUUCAUCUAUGGUAAUGUUGGUCUAUUGAACACUCUUUCCUAUCUCAGAUUCAUCUAUGGUAAUGUUGGUCUAUUGAACACUCUUUCCUAUCUCAGAUUCAUCUAUGGUAAUGUUGGACUAUUGAACACUCUUUCCUAUCUCAGAUUCAUCUAUGGUAAUGUUGGACUAUUGCAUGCUGUGUAUAUUCAUCCUAAUUAUACACACAUCCAGAUAAAUAAAAGUGACCUGAAUAUGAAUUUUAAAUGAAUUAUCUUGGUGUCCUAUCCUUGCUUUCUAACACAUUGCAGUCUGUCAGAAAGUGGUAUAAAUAUCCGGUCAACUGGCCCCAUGUCUUGACUGAAUAAUAUACCUAUUAAAAUAAUUAUGUAUUAAAUAAAAUUGUGGUAAAAGUAGUCAAAUGUUAAAGGCUAAAACACGUGUUGAUAUUAAUCUCUGAAAAUAACUGAAGGAAAUGCAAACAAUGGGCCAUCACAGUCUCUUUGUACACAUCAAAGAUUUACAAAUAUUGACCUGUAACAAAUGACCAAGCUGUAAUUCAAAUGCUACUCUACAUGGUAUUGUAUAGUUAUUGUGUAGAGUGCCCAUGUCAUGUUUUCAACUACCCCAAAAAUAGUUACAGCAAAAAAAGAUUUGUAUGAUAAAUGACUAAGAAUGGAAAUUCCCAAGUUGCCCAGUUUCUAUUUCUUUGUUUACCUUUCGCAAUAAAUCCACAAAAACAGGAUGUGGACUUUUUAUCUAAACCCACACAUUAUUUACUCUUACUCUUACACACACACACACACACACACACACACACACACACACACACACACACACACACACACACACUCACACACACACACACACUCACACACACACACACACACACGUCAUAUAAGGAGCAUUGAAAUAGUUGUAAGAGCAGAUGAAACAAGAAAGCCAAUGAAGGCAACAAAACACGAAUGACAGCAAGACUUCAGGUAAGUUGAACUAAAGGACUUUGAUUUAAUUACUGUGUCUUAAUCCUGUUGAUAAACAAUACUUUUAUCUGUAUCUGAAAAAAACACAACAACUCAAGUUAUUUGUUAUGUAUUAUUUAUGACUCUAUUGUGAUUAUAUUGAACAUUGAAAGAUAACGAUCAUCCAUUAAAAAAACUGCAUGUAUAAUGGCCUGGAUGUUACAGAGCAUGAAUUCCUUAUUAAUGAUUUAUGAGUCACCUAUGUAUUUUGCAUUAACAUACACUUAUGCAAAUAUUGAAUCUUGUAUGUUUUGAGGCCCAACUAUCUCUUUGUUUUCCAGUCUUAGAAAGAUGAGCACCUGGUUCUUCCUCUCGCUGUGUGUGCUGACCUGUUGUUGUGGCCGCAGCAAUGGCGCCCUCUCUUGCCCAGACAUGUGCACCUGCCACUUCUCUACCAGCGACGCCAAGGUGGUCUGCAGCGACGCCUCCCUCUCCCAGUUCCCCUCCAACAGUCUCCCAGGCAAAACCACCUCCCUGUCCAUCCAAUCCACCAACCUCAGCACUAUUACUGCCAACCACUUACAGGCCACGCCCCUUCUGAAAGAGCUCCAACUGUAUUACACCAACCUGAGCACCCUUCCCUCAGAUCUCCUCAGGGCCGUUCCUCACUUGCACACGUUGGAUCUCACAGGGAACCACCUGCACUUCCUGCCACCAUAUGUCUUCAGCCACGCUCCACUGCGUAACCUGGUGCUGAAGAACAACCUGAUCAGUGGUGUGGAUGCUGAUUGGCUCCCUGACAACAGUAACCUCACCUGGCUGGACCUGUCAGGGAACCGUUUGACGGCCGUACCCACAGCCCUGUUCCAGAAACUACGCCACCUGAAGAACCUUGACCUCUCCCAUAACCGCCUGGAGAAGCUCCUGGCAGGGGCACUGUAUCCUCUGAGCAGACUAGAGAGGCUCAACCUGGAGGGGAACCAACUCAGCACCCUGGACCCUUCUGCCUUCAGGAACACCCCAAACCUGACGCACCUCUUCCUCCAGGAGAACCAACUGGAGAGGCUUCCCCCGACUCUCCUCCAGGGGCUCCAUCACCUUGAUUUCCUGUUUCUCAACCUCAACCGGCUUGGUCACAUCUCCACCACCCUGCUGGAGCAGCUCUCCUCCACACGGACGAGCAACCAUCUUCGGGUGGCCUUCAGCCAGAACCCCUGGGUGUGCGAUAAGAAGGUGGAGGACUUGUGGAGGUGGCUGCAGAAGAACCAGAAGAAAGCUUUCCUGGCCGAUGACAUCAGGUGUGCCAGCCCUGAGUCUCUGAAGGAACGAUCAGUGAUGUCGCUAACUGAGAGUGAGCUAGGACUUUUCACUUAA